UUCUCAUGCGGAGUAAAAUAGAUCAAGACAUAUCCGAGGGAUAUUUUACCUUGAGGACCGAAUCUAUGGAACAAAAUGAGGGUCAGGUUUCACACAUGAUUGCAUUUGAAGAUCAAAGUGAUGCUAGAAAAUUCUCUUAUCUGCUUGAAUCAGUAUUUGAAGACUUAGAUGAGUUCAUUGCCGAUAUAGCUCCUGUAUCAACCAAGGGUCUUUAUGACGAAGUGAGUUCUGGUGGCAAGAAUGUGAUAGUUGUGAAGAAGAGGCAGCUUACAUUGUAUGCUGGACAACCAUUCGAAGAUGUUGAAAGAGCUUUGAGAACUCUGAUUCAAGAACAAAGAUGAAAAAACAACAACAUUACUUAGGAGUGGAAAAACUAGAGAUCCCAGAGAUGAUUGAUGUGGACGACAAAGUCAGUAAGAACAAUGGAGCCAAACCAACAAUUUUUUUUGAGCUUAAUGAGCCAAUGAGCCUUAUUAUGGUAAUAACAUUGGAUUGAGAGCCUCUGGUGUAUUAUAUGGCAAUAACAUUGGAAUUGAGAGGACAAAUCCAAUAGGGGUAGGAGAAAUAGAAAGAUCGUUAUAUCAUGUAAAAACGUAUUUUUACAUGCAUCAGAGAGAACAACAACAUUUAUUGAGAUGAGACAAUCUUGAUCA